UUUGAACAAGAGACGUAUUACUGUAGACGUCAAAAUCGUUUCGUUAUGGAAACUAGUUCUCCAGCUGAUAAAACUAGUAGAAAAGGUCGUUUUCUCAACGACAGUAUCUUCGUUGUGACGAUCAAAAUAAUUCGGUUUUCCGAAAAUCAACUGGAUUGUUAGCUGUCCAAACUAACUCUUUCCCGCCGUGUUUUUGCUCCGCUCCGCCACCACCAGCGCAUGUACACGUGCCCCGGGUCGCGUCACGCUACACAACUCUGGCCACGUCAAUCGACACCGCCGAGUCGAAAAACUCAUCGUGUCAGCGGGAUUUUAGUUUUACCACAGCUUUAUGGUGAUCCAGGAUGGGUUUUAUACUCUGGGCCCUCCUCACAUUCCUGUGUCACAAUAAGAUCCAGCACGGCAAUGCUCUGAACUCUUUUGCGGGACCAUACAUAAUUGUCAUCGAGGAACGGGGUGCCUACAGGUGUGAUCCACCCAAUGUCCAGCUUCCGUGGGGAUGGAAUGUGCGGCCUAGUCACUUUAACCCAAAUAGACCAAGAGAAAAACAACUACUGACUGGCAACAUAGCGGGCGAAAAUGUAUCUAUUGAUGACAGCUCGUGGGCGACAAUUGUUUUAGAUUCUUCAUCGAAUAACCAAUGGAAGGAAAACGCGCUGGUCCUGCCUUUUAAAGCUAAGGCGUGCACGGCUUUUAAAAUGAAUAUGCCGACCCUGUACAACCUAUUUUACAAAAAGACAGAAACUAAAGGGGUGUGUAGACUCAAACCAGGAGUUUACACAGUCAAAAACAACCCCAUUGAUUGGGUAUUUCCAAACCUACCUAUUUUACCUUAUGGACGCUUCAGACUCAGAGCCACGGUUGGCAAGGCCGAAAAUCUGCACGCAUGUUUCUCAGCUGAUCUUAAGAUCAUACCUAAAACGUAGUAACUGCUAAUAAAAUAUCAUGUAUUGU